AUGGUGACUGAGAUCAGCGCGUCCUCAGACUUCCAGGCUCUUCUCAACGAGCACACCUACCUCAUCGCCGACUUCUUCGCGACCUGGUGUCCGCCCUGCAAAGCCAUCGCCCCCCUCUACGAGCAGCUCUCCAAAGCCCAUUCGGUACCCAGCAAGGUUGCCUUCGUCAAAAUCAACGUCGAUGAUCAGCCCAAACUUGCAGCGCAGUUCCAGAUCUCGGCAAUACCGACUUUCUUGAUCUUUAAGGAUGGUAAGCAGAUCGAGGAGGUCAGGAGUGCGAAUGCGCCGGCGCUGAAGAGAAACGUGGAGAAGAUUGCGGUCGAUGUGAAGAGUGAGGGGUCGCAGGAAAAAGCGGAUGAGAAAAUGGAGGAGGAGCAGCUUGACUUUGAGGACGACUCUUAG